AUGAAGUACAGCAAGGAGGAUAAGCCCGAGAGGGCGGGCGGCGCCGGCGCAGGGUCCAGGGCGGUGCCGGUGGCGCUUGUCGUCAUCGUGCUCUGCGCCUUCUCCUUCUACCUCGGCGGCAUCUACAGCACGGGGCUCGGCCUCCUGGACGCCAUCCAGCCGGCGCCGACGGCUCUCGUCACCCUCGGCGCCGGCACCACGGCCCGCCAUUCCUCCGACGACGACCAAGCUCGGCCAGCGUCCACGGCCGCCGUGGUGGCGUUCCCCGAGUGCCCCGCCGACCUGCAGGACUACACCCCCUGCACCGACCCCAAGCGCUGGCGGAGGUACGGCAACUACCGCCUGAGCUUCAUGGAGCGGCACUGCCCGCCGCCUCCCGACCGGCAGCAGUGCCUCGUGCCGCCGCCCAAGGGGUACAAGCCGCCCAUCCGGUGGCCCAAGAGCAAGGACCAGUGCUGGUACCGGAACGUCCCCUACGACUGGAUCAACAGCCAGAAGUCCAACCAGCACUGGCUCGUCAAGGAAGGCGACCGCUUCCGCUUCCCCGGCGGCGGCACCAUGUUCCCCAACGGCGUCGGCGCGUACGUGGACCUCAUGCAGGACCUGGUCCCGGGCAUGCGCGACGGCACCGUCCGCACCGCGCUCGACACCGGCUGCGGCGUCGCCAGCUGGGGCGGCGACCUGCUGGGCCGGGGCAUCCUCACCGUGUCGCUGGCGCCCCGGGACAACCACGAGGCCCAGGUGCAGUUCGCGCUGGAGCGCGGCAUCCCGGCCAUCCUCGGCAUCAUCUCCACGCAGCGCCUGCCGUUCCCGUCCGCCGCCUUCGACAUGGCGCACUGCUCCCGGUGCCUCAUCCCCUGGACCGAGUUCGGCGGCCUCUACCUCCUGGAGAUCCACCGCGCGCAGAAGGCCGACUUCGACAGGCUCAAGAAGACGCUGGCCAGCAUGUGCUUCAAGCUCUACAACGUGAAGGGCGACAUCGCCGUGUGGCAGAAGUCCACCGACGCCACCGCCUGCUACGACAAGCUCACCCCGAUCACCACGCCCGCCAAGUGCGACGACAGCGUCGACCCCGACGCCGCCUGGUACGUGCCCAUGCGCUCCUGCGUCACGCCCCCCAGCGCCAAGUACAAGAAGCUGGGGCUCAACGCCACGCCCAAGUGGCCCCAGAGGCUCACCGUCGCGCCGGAGCGCAUCAACGUCGUCCCGGGCAGCAGCGCCGCCGCCUUCAAGCAGGACGACGCCAGGUGGAAGCUCAGGGCCAAGCACUACAAGACGCUGCUGCCGGCGCUGGGGAGCGACAAGAUCAGGAACGUCAUGGACAUGAACACCGUGUACGGAGGCUUCGCAGGCAGCCUCAUCAAGGACCCCGUCUGGGUCAUGAACGUCGUCUCCUCCUACGGGCCAAACUCCCUCGGCGUCGUCUACGACAGAGGACUCAUCGGCGUCAACCACGACUGGUGUGAGGCGUUCUCGACAUAUCCACGCACCUAUGAUCUAUUGCAUCUUGAUGGCCUGUUCACGGCAGAGUCUCACAGGUGCGAGAUGAAGUUCGUACUCCUUGAGAUGGACCGUAUCCUUCGUCCCACGGGUUACGCCAUAAUCCGGGAGAGCACCUACUUCCUUGAUUCUGUGGCACCCAUUGCCAAAGGAAUGAGAUGGAGCUGCGAGAAGCAUAACACCGAGAACAAGGCUGACAAGGACAAGAUCCUCAUCUGCCAGAAAAAGCUUUGGGCAGGAAAGCAGUGA